GAAAAAAGCGCGGGCUGUUUGAAAUCGCCGUCCAGACUCCGAGCACGAAUUUGAUAUGAAUUGUGGCACAAAUAUGCCGAUUGUGAAGAGAUGGGUAGUGACCUACACGAAGCAUUUGAAGCAGAAGAGAAAGGUGUAUCAAGAUGGGGUUUUGGAGCUCUAUGGCUCGGGUAAGAAGGCGUUGUUGUAUGAUGACUGCGAGAAGCUAAUAGAUAGCAAGUUUUUAAAAAAUGACGACGUGAUUGAAUGUGGGCGGACAGUAACCUUGGAAGCUCAUCUUGUUGAUAUUGGGGUUCUUGAAGAAAGCCGCGCCCCCUUGGCUGAUAUAAAUGUUACAGGUGUCAGAUCAACUGAAAGACACGGGGCUGGACCUCAAAAGGAGAGAAAGAAAGGCAUGUUGCACCGCAGACUGCCACAAAACCAUUCAAAUGCUACAAACAUGAAUGAAGGAGUAACUCAGAAGAUGCAACUUGAGAACUUUGGAAAGCCACAAAGUCUAUUAAAUGCCUCAGGGACCACUGUGAAAGAAUGGAAUGCCUUAUACACUACUCAAAUUACUCAGAAGGCAAAGAAAUUUCACGAUGGCUUCUUGCGGCUUUCAGUUUGUGGUUCAUAUAUGGACCAGGUUACUUUAUUAAAUGAAGAAGGGGUUGUUCUCGGCAGCAAGUAUGUUAAGUCUUCAGAAUUCAUUGAGACCGGGAAGACAUUUGAGUUGCCGAAUUAUCUGGUUGAGAUUUUUGAGCUGAGGACUGUUGAGGGAGAAAUCAGGAAGGCCACUCCAGAAAAAGAAGCAAAUUCUGGCUGCUUAAACAAUAGCAACUUUAUAAGUGCAAGACUAGUGAUCAAUAACAAGCAUUCAGGAGAUAUUUCAAAGGGUCCGUCCAGUCAAGUUUCAUGUUCUAGCAGCUCAAGUUUUGGAAAACUCAAGAAUAGAAGUAUCAUGGCCACAUCAGAUGUAGACGACAAGAAGGUUCUCUUCCAUUACAAGGUUACUGUCCCCAGCUCCCUAGCUACUGUGGAUCUUCCGGAAGGUACCCAACGGGAAGUUACAGAUACUGGCACCACAAGCCAUGGAGAGAUCAUGAGCAGGACAGAAAUUAAUAAGUCAUUGCGAGAUGCCUGCCAGAUCUUGACCACAGUUAGAAAGCCAGUUUCUGAGAGCAAUAAUGUCCACGAAAAACUGUCUAAAGAGCUGGUUCAGCCAGCACAAUCUUUGAAGGAUGCUGGCAGAAUUCUGCAAAUAGGGCAGGUUCAUUCUACUUCCAUCUUUAAUCACUUGGAUGUGCAGAGCAAGGGCAUGAUUCUGGAGGAUAACUUUCAAGAGGAACGACAACUGAUUGAACCAGCAAAAGAUAAUUCUAAAGCAGAUUCCUGUGAACUUAGUGCAGGCAAUCAUAUUCAAUGUGGUUAUUCUAGAAAAUCGUUAGAUUCCAGUGCUUCUGAGGACUUUUCAAAUUCAGGCAUUACUAGUGGAAUGAGCACCAACUAUGGAGAGAAAUCAACAUUACAUAAUUCGCAUUACUCAGUCCACAUAUUAUCUGGGCCGUUAACAUCUGAAACGUCAGCAGAUGAAUUAAAUGUGGGGUGCUCUGUGAAAUCUUCUGAAGGAAGAGUAACUUCAGCUUCCAUCCGUGGGGAAACAAAUGCUCAUGCCAGCAGUCUACCUGUACUGAGUCACACAGCUACACCAGGUACAUCUUUCUCAGGUGAAGGACUGUUUUGGCACAUUGUUUCCAGCACAAAUGAAACCGUUCCCUUUGCAACAUCUGCAAGUUCUACGCUUGUAGAGCAACAACUUCCAGAUUCUUCUAGAAACAUUCUGAAGGAAACUUUUGCUGAUAUUGAAACCAGUGCUACUUCUGGAUUGAAGGGUGAUAUUUUACAAAGUGGUGGUGGCAACCAGAAUAAUGAUAAAUUUGCUCAGACUCCUGCCACGAGCACUAAAGAGGGGGAAAUAUGUGAGAGUGCUUCAGUUGCAUCAAGACCCACUUGUGCAGCCAUAGAAAGCGACAAGAAAUACAAGGACUCUGAGUUUGAGUCAUUAUCAACAAAGUGCCAUACUGCGGAGGACUUUCCUACUUUUGAUUUGGGUUUUUAACAUCAUAUUAGAAGUUCAGAA